AUGAGUCGUGCUGGAGCGGGCAUAGAGGAUGAGAGAAUCAAAACUCGAGAUAGACGCCUCUUAUGCAACUGGAAGCUGGUGGUGGUGGGAAAGCGGGCACCUUCCUUUCCUGCCUGUUGCAGCACAAAAUUUCCAAGUUUCAAACUCUCGAAAUGGCUUCUUCUUCUUCUUCCUCCAAGAACUUCGCCAUUCCCACUGCUAGCCGCCGUAGCAAGCGUGCAGCAGCUCCAACCAACCAACCUGGUCGAUGGACAAUCCGACCCUAACAUCCUUGAAUAUUUCGCCAACGACGAGAUUGUUCAUGAAAAGGCUUUCGGAAAGAAAGCUAGGAUGUCAAUGGAUGACUCCGAUUAUGCAUCUCGUCGUUCAUCCGGCUCCGUCAUGGAUGACAUGAAGCAUGCUCUAGAAGCAGAAGGUUUGAGUUCCCAAAAAGCUCUGUUAACAUCUGCUGUACAGAGGCAGACCCGAACCGCUAAAAAGCGGUCUCUGGAAGAGUAUGUCGACUCUUCUCAUACUACAAGAAGCAGCAAGGCUGCCCGGUUUGUUGCCCCCCCUGCCCCUUCUCGCGGUCGUGUGGGAGUCUACCUGUCCAAGGAGACAGUCGCUGACCUUGCCGCUGCGGCAUUUAAUGCUAAUGCAGCAGAUGAUAUGGACGAGGACAUCGAUGUGCCUGCUAGUCAAGCAGAUAAUGUGCAACUUGACGAGGCACACUUCUCUGAUUCAGACGCCGUUGACUCAGAUACCCCUUUGGUCGCCCACUACGAGGCCAAGCGAGAUGCCAGACGCGCAGCGAAAGGCAAACAACCUGCCAAGGGCCAGGAAGAGGACGACACUCCCACCAUUGGUCAGCCAUGGGUCGAAGAUGAUGAAGAUGAAGAUACCGAAGAGGCCGAUCCGGUAGAAAUGCCGGUAAAAGGUCCAGCAGAUAAUCCGCGCAAUGAGAGUCCGGAAGCCAUCAAGAAGGAAAUCGACUUCUUGAAAAGCUUGGAGGAUAGGCCAAACCCUUCCUUCAAGCCAAGUCGAGAUGCACCUGCGUAUAAGCGACGAUUUGCGGCUCGAAUGAGACAUGUUCUGGGAUAUAUUGUGGAUGGGGUCCGUGAUGGCACUUAUCACAUCAAAGGUAUGUCCAUGAGUAUCAAAUUCAAGAAAUGGCUAGCUAUUGCAGACGUGCAAAAGCUUCUUGACUUUAUAGUCACAGGCAUAGACGACCAGAGACAGAGAAUCUUUGGUGCAGAGGAGUUCAACAUGCAGGACAUCUUGGUACUCCAUGAGAUUGACGACGCCGAAAUGAAGAAUUUGGUUGGUGUUUAUGCUGACAUUCUCACUUCAAUCGAUGAUGCGAAGGCAUUGUAUAUCGGGAGCUCUUGCCGUCAGAACAAGGGCAUCUGGGCCCGGAUCCAGGAACAAUGCAAUUUUCUUGCCGCAGGGGACGAUAUCAAUUCUAAGUACGAUACUUUCCACUACCAGUAUGCUCGAGAGAACGAGCUAGGUCCAAACUUUCGACUCCUCGCAUUUUGGCCACAAGACAUCAGAUUACGUAGUGUUACCUUCCUUGUCGAAUCCAUUCUCAUAAUCCUAGCAUCCAAUAUGGACAAAAAUCAUCGGUCCUAUAACAUUCUAACCAGAUUCCCGGACACAGUUCCAGACGACGUCAACCAAGAUGUCACAUGGAAAGGUCUGAAUAAUUCUCUGCCCCUAUUUUCGGAAUGGAUUCCGCAGGCGUAUCGAGGGCAAUGUGGCUGCUGUCGCGAAUCGCCCGAUAAAAAGUUUCUAAAGGCUCCACCAGCUUUCAAACGAAGACCUAGAGUGCAUGGAACCACUGGAAAGGUAUGCGUGUCCUAUUAUGCAAGAAUACGGAAACACGCGAUAAGAAUUAACGAUGGCGAGAAACUUACACAUGCGGUUGGUGAGCGACCUAGAGCGCAAGGAGCUCGAUUCCCUCCGGGUACCCCUUGCGCUUAUCCGUGGUGCAACCACAUCAAGAUCAAGGGAAGUAAGAAAGUCGUAUUCUCAAGAGUAGAUGGGCUUAUCUUCUGUGGAGGUUGUCGAAGCGUAUAUCUUAACCGCAAGAGAAAAGGUACUGAUUUGUUCGCGCCAUUGCAAAAGGUAAUCAAGCAAUUCACGCUUGGGGAGAAGUGCAAUUUCGCCGGUUGCGAGACCGUCUAUAGCGGAGCACAGGGCACCAGGUCAUUCCAGCGUUAUGAAGGUAUAAGCUACUGUAUCAAGCAUUUCAAAAAAUUGUACCACGACGACGCCGCUUCCCGCCGCCAAAGGGACAACAUCAUCUCAGACCAGUAAGAUGCACAAUGAUAUCUUGACUGACAUCCUGUUUAAACGAUCCGCAACGCUUAGGCGUUUGAUUUCCUCUUUGGAGGCGCUCCCUCCUUGGAGGUUUUCUUCUCCGGAAGAUUUACUCUACUACAUUGCACGUAAGUAGUAUGAGUGUGGUCCAUUGUGGUCUGGCCUGGAUAAGGCAAAAUUUUAUGGGGGACGACAACUCAACACCUGUCCGAAGGACGCUUUAAAUAGCUCCAGG